GAUAUAGUCAGGAGCGGGCGAGCGGAGGUCCGCCAACAGGACGGACCAGCGAAGAGAAAGUGACGAGAGGGGCUCAAUGUCGGGGAUUCGAGAACGCCGGAGGAUUGUUUGAUUUGUUGUUGUUUUUAUUGUCUUUUGAGUGGCACGUCUACCAAAGAAUUGAAACCAAAAUGCUUUGCCACGUUACCCGUCCGGACUCGGUAGUGAUGGAAGUGGAAGUUGACGCGAAGGCGAACGGAGAAGACUGCUUGAAUAAGGUUUGCAGGAAGUUGGGCAUCAUCGAGGUGGACUACUUCGGGCUGCAGUUGACGGGCAGCAAAGGGGAGAACCUGUGGCUGAACCUGCGCAAUCGCAUCUGCCAGCAGGUGGACAACUUGACGCCGUGCCGACUGCGGCUGCGGGUCAAGUUCUUUGUCGAGCCGCAUCUUAUUCUGCAGGAACAAACCAGACACAUCUUCUUCACACAUGUGAAAGAGGACCUCCAGAAUGGCCACCUACGCAUGGGCUCGGAGCAGGCCAAGGAACUGAGCGCCCUGUUGGCCCAGGCCGAGUUUGGCGACUACAACCAAAACACGGCCCGGUACUGGUACUUGGAGCUCUGCGGUGAGGAGCCGUGUCCUGCCACGGUCAACAGCAUCGUGUCCAGACACAAGGCCCUAGAGGGCUUGAGCCAGUCCUCGGUGGAGUACCAAGCCCUACAGCUGGUCUCCUCGCUGGAGCAUUAUGGCGUGGAGUGGCACUGGGCCCGCGACGCCCACGGCCAGCGCUUGGCCAUUGGCGUAGGACCCGAAGGCAUCGCUGUGUGCAAGGAGGACUUCAGCCUCAUCAACCGGGUCAGCUACCCUGUCAUUCAGAUUGCCACCCAGUCUGGGAAGACCGUGUACCUGACCGUCACCAAGGACAACAACGACAGCGCGGUGCUCAUGUUCAAGCUGAUCAGCAACCGCGCCGCCAGUGGCCUGUACCGCGCCAUCACGGAGACGCACGCCUUCUACCGGUGCGACACAGUGACCAACGCGGUGAUGAUGCAGUACAGCCGCGAUUUCAAGGGUCACCUAGCUUCGCUCUUUCUCAACGAGAACAUCAACCUGGGGAAGAAGUACGUCUUCGACAUCCGCCGCACCUCCAAGGAAGUCUACGACCACGCCCGCCGCGCCCUCUACAACGCCGGCGUGGUGGAUUUGAUGUCCCGCUCUGGGGGCGAACGCUCUCCUGCUUCGCGCUCGCCAAGUCGCCAGGACGGCUUCGACGACGAUGACGGCUCCGACUGCGGCAGCUGCCAGCAGAGUCGGGCGCUGCAGGAGAGGCUGCACAAACUACGGGAGGCGCUGUUGUGCAUGCUGUGCUGCGAGGAGCAGAUCGACGCCGCCUUCUGUCCCUGCGGUCACCUGGUGUGCUGCCAGACGUGCGCCAACCAGCUGCAGUUGUGUCCGGUGUGUCGCUCGGAGGUGGAGCACGUGCAGCACGUCUACCUGCCCACCUGCACCAGCCUCCUCAACCUGGCCAUGGCCGACCGGCGGGCCAACCGUGUGGUGGGCGGCGGCAUCCCCGCGUCCAUCUGCCGCGACCUGGCCUCCCCUCACGACUGUGAAGGGGACGACUACGACAAAAUCUUCACGCACACGUGAGGGAUGCCACCUCGGACGCUUUUUGUUGUUGUUUGGUUCCGUUUCCUGGACUCUUGAUAGACAAACCACUCCCCUGGCUUGUGUGUGUGUGUGCUGCCAAAUGGUUUUAGUGCUCUCCUGAAUCUAAAUGAUCAGUUGAGCUGAUACGUCACACAUUCCCCUUUCCUUCUUGUUUUGUCUGGAUUUAAUUUGUUUUACCUUUUUUUUUUUUUUUAAAGCUUCCUGGACAUUUUUAACUUUUAUUUAAGCAGUUUGUUGUUGUUUUUAAUCUUGUUUCCAUGCCAACGAGGAGGCUAAAAAAAGUCUUGGAUAAACAUGCAUUCGGUCUACACAUUGCAGACACUCCGCUUUUUAGCAGCUGUUUCUGAGCUCACCAUUUAUGAUUAACUCCAUGCCAAAGGACAGCGCAAACCAGACUACCUGCAGGGGGGGGGUUAUAAAAAAAAAAACUUCCUCAAAAGCAAAGAUGGGCAACCUGAGGUCUGUGGGCCAUACAUGAGAAACCCUAAUUCUUCGCAAUUUAGUAUUCAUCUGUCUAGUAUUCAAAUUUGGUAGCAGUCGGACAAAAUCUCUAGUUCUGUCUUUUGAAGGAUUCUAAAAUGGUCGUUUUAAAGUCAAACGUCACCGCAUGCAGUGCUGUAACCCAGAUUCUUUGCAAGUUGGUGACACCCAUCUGUAUAGUAUGGUUGGCUCCAGUUUAGUACUAGUCUGACAAAAAUCUCUUUGAAGCCAAAUUCGUCCUAAAAUCGCCACUUUGAAAUCGAGCUUUUCCACCACAUGCAAUGACAGGGUGUCACGUUUUGCAAUUUAGUUUCGUGCUUCAAUCUCUGGGAUGAAUCCGUCUUUUGAACCUGAUUCACAGCAAAAUGGUAGACUUCCUGUGUAUUUUCAGUCUUUGAGACUUUUGUUGUGCGUCUACUCGUAGUCGACAUGGCUCCAACAUUUUAUGUUGCUACGUGAAACUGGCUUCGGGGGGCUCAAAUUAAAAAUUUGUAUUUUUUUUUUCUUAAAACCCGCUGUGUUCUGACUUUGUGAAGCUGUGUUAUUGCAGUCUGUAUUAAACUGAUCCUAAAAUGUCAGAUUCAAAUCAAAAUGGUGGCCCACCCCUGCUUGAAAAGCCUCCUCUCGCUGUAGGAAAAUAUCCGGUGAGUUUUCAAAAGGGUACAGAGAUGUGUGCAAUACCGCCCUGCGUUUCAUUUUAUUUUUAUUAUUAUUUAAAUGUCAACUAUUUAAAAAGUACAUAGUCACUUUACCAGGGAAGCUGCAUCCACACUGUUUUGUUUUAAAAGUUUGGCCUUAAUGUAGCAGCACCGCCGUCUUCGUUUCCAAUGUUUUUGGUGUUUUUUAUUUUUCUGCAAAGAAGUUAGCGAUUUGUUUCUGUUUUCUGAAGCAUUCUACGCUCUGUAAGAUGUUAUGCUUUUGACAAAGUAUUAAAGUUUUUUUUUUAUUGAAUACAAACUUGG